CAAAGGCACCUGGAGAUGAUUCCAGGAACUUGGCUGCUGGGACGGUCUUCCAGAGACUUUGACCAGACUUUCAGAGGGCGCAGGCAAACAGCAUUGUGGGUAGCCGUGGGUCUUGUCCCCAGAGGAGGUAUGAGACCAGAGCAGCAGUCAGCGCUCACAGUGAUGGGGCUCUCUCACUGGAAGGUGUGCGCUGCAGUGAUCCUGAUUUUCCUCUGGGGGGCGCUUUGCUCCCCCUCCUGCCCAUCACCCUGUUUGUGUCAGGGGGGGUCACUUAUAAACUGCUCCUCAGUGGGCCCUACCCUGCCCCCCCUGCACCUCCCUGUCUCAGUCACCAUCCUGGACCUGUCCCAAAAUGCCCUCUCCUCCCUUCCCCUCCACCCCUACGCGACUCCCCUGCCCCACCUCACACACCUCCACCUGGGGCACAACCAGCUCAGACACCUGUCCGUCUGCAAGACUCCGCCCAGGGAAGAGGGGCUGUGUGACACCUGGGCCCCCACACUGGAGCUCCUGUCUGCAGAGAGUAACCAGCUACAGCACAUUCCCGAGGGUUUGUGUGGGGCUGCUGCUCUGCACACUCUCCAUCUUCCCCACAACCGGAUCUCCACCCUGCAGGCUCAGGACCUGCGAGGAUGUGCUCACCUGAGGGAGCUCCACCUGCAGCACAAUCUCAUCUCCACCCUCGCACCGCUGGCCUUCAAAGAGCUGCGGGAGCUCAGGGUCCUGGACCUGAGCUUUAACACUCUCGGCACUUUCCCCGUGCCGGCGUACCUGUCCCUGCACAGCCUCCGCACACAGGUGGAAGUGAGCGGCAACCCCUGGAGGUGUGACUGCAGGCUGCGAGCCCUCAGCAGGUGGAUGGGCGUGGCCGGGGAAGGCCUCCCCUGGCAGGUGGUGUGUGCGGAGCCACCUGGGGUGGCAGGGAGAGACCUCCUGCACCUGGACCAGGCAGACCUCACUUGCAACACACCUGCAGAAGGGGCGGGGCCUCACCAGGAAGUGACUGUGCACCCGGGGGCAGAGAUUCUACUGCCAUGUUGGGUCUCAGAUCAGGAUUUGAGUCGGGCAUUUUGGUGGACGCCCAACGGCUCUGUCAGACAGGCCAGUGCCCAGCACCGCGGGGGCCUGCUGAUCCAGGGUAUCGGAGAGCAGGACCAGGGUCUGUACGUGUGCGUCUCGGGUCCGAAUCAGGAGCCGACCAGCAUGUUCACCGUGCGCGUGCGGGCCAGUGCACGUGGGGGGGCGGGGCCUGCUCUGAGGGGCGGGGACAGGACUCACUCUGAUCUCGCUCUGGCCGUCUGUCUGUCAGUCUUCCUCACCUUCAUCGCAGCCUUCGUCCUGGGCGCUCUGACACGCCCCCUCCUGGACAUCCUGUGGGGGAAGAUAUGUGCCUGGAGACGCCCCACCGACACGCCCACAGCCACGCCCUCUGACAACCGAGGCUUCUCUGAGGAGGAGGAGUCUGAGCAGGAGGGCGAGGUGGGGAGGGAGGGGCUUGGGGAGACCAGCAUGCCGUAUUACAUCACCAUUCUCCCCGAAUCAGGUGCGUCACAAACCCGAUUGGGCAGCAGGGAGAGGGACUCUGCCACAGAGAAGGAAGGCCACCCUGGGGCCGUUUACGAGAACAUACCCUCCACAAGGGGCCCCGCCCCACAGCCGGUCCAGAGGCGAGGACAGCCACGCCCCCAGGGGGAGGGGCUAAGCCCCUGGGGGGGAGGAGCUCAUGAUGGCAGCACUGGUGGGGACCAAUCAAAUUCUUCCUCAGAGGAACAGCCCUCCCACUUUAGCCGCACUGUGGAGUUCGAACCCAUCCCAGACCCCCAGGACCUGGGAAUAGAGCAAUACAGCACCCCCGGAUCUGAACAGUCCAACAGUGACCUUGGCCCUGACCUUGAACCUGACUGUGACCCUGACCGUGACCUUGGCCCUACCUUUGGCCAUGACUAUGCCCUCUCCUCUGCUGAUCCAUGCCCCAUCUCUAGAGAGGAGUUUGUGGCAGGCUGGUCCAAUGAUACCAGGCCCCCUGGGGAGGACCCAUUCUCAGCCCCCAACUGGACAGAUUCCCCCUGGGAGCCACGCCCCUAUUCUGUACAGGCCCCACCCACAGACAGCUUCCCGCCAGACUUGGACCCGGAGUUGUGGAAUGACAGUGGAGAGAGCUUUGAGUUCACUGACUCGCUGCCUGAAACCGCCACCAGGGGGAGCUUCAGCCUGAAGGAGGAGCCCUGGUCCCCCUUCGACCAAUCAGCAGCAGGACAGCAUGACUCCCAUGAUCCUACUCUGCUGUGGGGGGGGCAGGAGAAGGACCUCCCACCAGGACUCAACUCCAGCAAAGAGAGCAAGGAACCCCCAGAAUCCCUGCUGCACCCCGAAUACACAGCACUGCACCCCGAAAACUCAGCACUGCACCCCGAAAACUCAGCACUGCACCCUGACAGAGCAUGGCUGGACCCCGAGAACCCGGAGUCUGGAGAGCUGGCGGACGCCCCCCAGCUUACAGGAGGCGGGACAGCAGAUGCACCAUGGGUAAUCCAUGAGGCGAGCCAAGCGGAUGUGAACAUGGGACCUUACGUGGGCGAAGACGCAGAUGAGACCAGGUUUGAGUCCCCAGGGGCGUGGCCCCUUGUGACAGAGGACACAGAGGGGUGUGGCCUCAGCCCAGAGGUACCAGAACUCGACCCGGAGCCAUGGCCCAGUUUGGGGUUGGCUCAGGACCCUGCUGGCCAGGACGAGAGGUUUGGGGGAACUGACCUGCUCCCCCCCCAGCAUCCCACCCCUGCUGACCUGCCCUAUCCCAUAAAACCCAGGCGAAGCUUCAACUGGCACACGAUGCCCCCGCCCCCACCCCCACCCCCACCCCAGCAAGAGGACACGCCCACUCCCCCACACCCACCCCCACCCCAGCAAGAGGACACGCCCACUCCCCCACAACCCCCCCAGCAAGAGGACACGCCCACUGCACCAGACCCCCGCCAGCAAGAGGACACGCCCACUCCCCCACACCCCCCCCAGCAAGAGGACACGCCCACUGCACCAGACCCUCCCCAGCAAGAGGAAACACCCACUGCCCCAGACCCCUCCCAGCAAGAGGACACGCCCACUCCCCCACACCCACCCCAGCAAGAGGACACACUCACUCCCCCACACCCCCCCCAGCAAGAGGACACGCCCACUCCCCCACACCCCCCCCAGCAAGAGGACACGCCCACUGCACCAGACCCCUCCCAGCAAGAGGACUCGCCCACUGCACCAGACCCCUCCCAGCAAGAGGAAACACCCACUGCCCCAGACCCCCCCCAGGGGGAUUGGCCUAUGCCAGUGGAGGGUCAGCUGAGCGCACCCUCACAGGGGAACCUGAAGCAGGACUGGAGGAGAGGCGGGCUGUUCUUCCAGAAGAAGAGAGCGAUGGACGCAUUCGCCCCUCCCUCACAGGCCCCGCCCCUGCCAGGCUCCACCCACCUCCCAUUCGGCAGCGUCACCGUGCAAACAGUCACCAUGGCAGCAGGAUAA